UCCAUUUUCAGCAAAAGCCCUUCACAUCUUCCCAAAAAAAACCCCAAAAUCUCGCAGUGAAAAACCCAAAAAAUGGGUAGCAGCCAAGCAGCAGUAUCAUUCCUCACGAACGUUGCACGCGCCGCCUUCGGUCUAGGCAUCAGCGCCACGGUUCUCAACUCCUCCCUCUACACCGUCGACGGUGGACAACGCGCCGUCCUCUUCGACAGAUUCCGUGGAGUCAUCGACGAUACCGUCGGCGAAGGAACUCAUUUCCUCGUCCCAUGGCUUCAAAAGCCUUUCAUCUUCGACAUCCGUACUAGGCCCCACACAUUUUCCUCCGUUUCAGGCACAAAGGAUCUCCAGAUGGUCCACCUUACCCUCCGGGUCCUCUCACGCCCUGAAGUUUCACGCCUUCCCGCCAUUUUCAAAACCCUAGGUCUAGAAUACGACGAGAAAGUUCUCCCUUCGAUCGGCAACGAGGUUUUGAAAGCCGUCGUAGCUCAAUUCAACGCGGACCAGUUACUCACGGAGCGUCCGCAAGUAUCAGCUUUAGUUCGCGAGAGUUUGAUCCGACGUGCUAAGGAUUUCAACAUCGUGCUCGAUGACGUGGCAAUUACACACUUGUCAUACGGUGCGGAGUUCUCUAAAGCUGUGGAGCAGAAGCAGGUUGCUCAGCAGGAAGCGGAGCGGUCCAAGUUCGUUGUGAUGAAGGCUGAGCAAGAGAGGAGGGCAGCGAUUAUUAGGGCUGAAGGAGAGAGCGAGUCGGCUAAGUUGAUUUCUGAUGCUACUGCAGCUGCUGGUAUGGGAUUAAUUGAGCUCAGGAGAAUUGAGGCGUCUAGGGAGGUUGCUGCUACCUUGGCUAAGACUCCGAAUGUGGCUUACUUGCCUAAGCAAGGCAAUAUGCUUCUCGGUCUCAAUGCCUCACGUUGAGUAGGUAAUUAAUUAGGUUUUGUUACUUGCUUUAUGUUGUGUUAUAUGUAGUUCAUAUCGUACCAUUUAAUUUGCUUCGAUGGUUACGGUUUAAACAUGCUGAAUCAGGAGGAAUAAAUAAGGACAUUUCUCUUCCAGAAAGCUGUGAAAUUGUGCCUUUUGUUUCAUCAAUUGUAUGGUAAUGUUGGGAUAUUUGCUUUCGAAUUCAAAUUAUGAGGUUGUUAUCCUUUCCAGUUC